AUGUUUGCUCAACAGGAGGAGGCAAAAAAUCACUUCCCCGAGUUCAUGCUGAAUGGUUCGGGGUGCUACGACUUCGCCGCAGGAGAUUCCUUGGGCGUGAAUUACAUGAAUAAUCUGAAAAACAAAUUAUUUAAUUUUCGCAGCAUCCAGACGAGUGAUGUGGAGGAUGCAGGGGGUGAGUGUCGGAACAGCCUGGGAAGCGCAAUGCAUGCAGGUGGGAUCGGAGACACAAAUGGGAGCGACAGUGACCGUGCAAAUAUGAGGAGACAUAGCAGUGGGGAGGCCAACGGAGAGGUCACCCAGGAGGUCUCCGGUAUGAUGAGCGGAGAAGGCAUCGUAGAAUGUAUCGCGGAAAACGUUGCGGAGGGCAUCAGGGAAAACAUCCCGCAGAAUAUCACGCAUAACAUCGCGGAGGGAACAGGAGAAAUCCCCGGAGAAGUACCAGCACACCCGACUGACAAACAUGACGGAGGAGAGUUAGCCAGCGGAUUGGACAGCAUAAGCUACGUGAACCCCGACGUCUACUACAAGAAGGAAAAAUCGAACCAUAGCAGUGCAAACCCUCCAGUGAAAGAGAAGAAGGAACGCACUCCCAGCGAUUACAUGAACAUCAAGAAGAGCAAACUGAUUAAUAACUUAAAUUUUUUCAUGCGCGUCUGCUGCAACAAGAACUCGUAUAUAAAAUUCAUUAAUCAUUACUUUAACAUAAUUUACUGCAACAACAUAAGCAUAUUAUUUAAGUAUGAGGGGAUUCUGCAAAAGUUCGAUGAGCGUAAUGAGAUGAAUUUGACGGAGAAUGAUUACUACAAUGGAUACGUGAAGCUCAACCAGGUGCCAAUAGUAAUAUAUGGAAAUGGAGGUAUCGGGGGUGAAAAGAAUGAAGCCGAUGGGAGCAGUGCCAAUAGCGGUGUAAGCGGCAUCGGGAGAGGCGGCAGCUGUGCAAGCGGAGGCGGUUUUGGCUCCCACCUGAGCGAAAUAAAAAUAGACAUGGACACGAAUCAAGAGUGCCUGAGAAACAACUCCAACCUCGAAAGCAGUGUGCUAAAUUUCAUCAACAUUUACGAUAACUUAACAGUCAACUUUUUCCAUCAUAUAUUCACCAAAAUUAACAACAAUGAGAUGAACAUACACAAUUCGAACAUAGACCUUAUCAUACAUAACUUUCUUUACAAGAAGCAUCUGCUAAAGGAGAAUAUUUUUAAUCUUCUACUAAGCAUUAGCAAGUCCUAUGAAAUAAAAUAUGGCAGUGUUCUUGCGGAGAUAAAAGAUGACGAACAUGUGAAGGAGAGAAAUGAGAAAAUAAUUUUCGAAAUGCUGAAGGACAAAGUGGAGGGGCGAUUCACCGACUCGAGAAAGAGGGAUUCAACCCCCUGGCCAUUGCAAUGCGCUUCGCAUAGCGGUGAGAGUGCCGGUUUCUAUGAUACUGUGCGUGGCGAUGAUCUGGGUGUUUACCACGGCGCCGAUUACAACUCCCAGAACCACUCCUCCUACGGUUCCAACCAAAUGCGACCGGCCCAUAGUUAUGGCCACAUGCAGGAAGGAGACGCCAAAAGGGGAAUUGACGCAAAUCCUGAGGGCAUGGCCAACUGGGGGAAAACCGAAAUGCAUAAGUCAUCCCAUGGUGAGCUAAACGAGUUACUAAGUAAAAGCAAAGAAAACGAGACUGCUGAUAUUUUUUGCGAAAUAAAGGAUUCAAACAUGAAUAAUAGCAAUUUUAACAACAUGAUUAGCAACAACACCGAUGCCACGACUACAACAGCAGGGAGUGGAACGUCUACGUCAACGGGGUGCACCACUGGGAAUAUGUACAGUCAUGUGGCGGAGAUGGCGUUAGAGGAGAGGUCUGCUCAUGUAGAGAGCGCGAUCACUCCCGCAAGUUCGGUCGACGAAUUUGGGGAGAACUGUGCCCAGUGUGUGGGUACCAUGAGUCGUGGCGUUAUGGUUAGCGGCAACUGUGCGAACUGCCAGCAGAGGGGACAGGCUGCCGUACUGCAAGACAUCAAAGAGCUGCUGAACAAAGAAAUCGAAUCAUACGAAGGAUACUACACCAAGGGGAUGGAGGAAGAAGAAGAAGAAAAGGAAAAAAAUGAAAACAUAAUAGAAAAUAUUUACACCUUUUUAAAAAAUAAUGUAUUCAUCCCAAGAGACAAUAUAUAUACAGACUUUAUGGAGAACGGGAAUGAUAUGUUUUUCAGCAAAAUAAAAAAAAGCGAUAAAGCUACCUACUUUAAGCUCAUAGAAAGAUUUGACCGCAUGUACAACUUUAUAAAUGAAUUCAAGAGCAGCCAUUCGACGAAUGAAAUGAGUGAAGAGAGGGUCAGUCAGGAAAUCAGCGAACCGUUCCCCAAGUACAGAAAGAGAAGAGCUAGCCAUGAUGACUAUGAAUCAGGAAACGCAAGUCACACAAAGAGAUGUUUGCGGAAUUACAACAGAAAAGGGAAGCGGCCUAUUAAAAGGAGCAAAAGGAUUAUAAAGAAGGCGGAAAUGUCUAGAGUUAAAAGAGUGAAGUAG